CUCGUGAACGCGACCUGCCUGCUACCCGCGGGAUUGUGAUUUGAUUUAACUGGCACUGCGAGUUGGUGAUGGCUACAAAAGAGCAGAGCAAACCCAAAGAUCCUCCGGAAAUUAUAGUAGAUGCUACAAGAAAGAGAGAGUUUGUUAGAGGUCGAUUUUUGGGAAAGGGUGGAUUCGCAAAAUGUUAUGAACUCACCGAUAAAAAGACUGGGGAAAAAUUCGCUGGCAAAGUUAUCAAUAAGGCAGCUUUAGUUAAAGAAUCUCAGAAGGAAAAGAUGCGACAAGAAAUUAGCAUCCACCGUACUUUGAAGCAUGAAAACGUUGUGGGAUUUCACGGAAAUUUCGAGGAUAAUGAUUUCAUAUAUAUCCUACUGGAAAUAUGUAAUCGCAGGUCCCUUUUAGAAUUACACAAACGCAGGAAAUAUGUUACAGAACCGGAGGCAAGGUACUUUGUGAAGCAGAUUGUCAAUGGAUGCCAGUAUCUUCAUCAGAAUAAGAUAAUGCACAGGGAUCUUAAACUCGCAAACCUCUUUUUGGAUGAUAACUUAAAAGUAAAGAUAGGCGACUUUGGACUUGCGUCAAGGAUUAGCCGAGAGGGGGAAAAGAAGAAAACCCUAUGUGGAACACCUAAUUAUAUUGCCCCAGAGGUCUUAGGAAAAGGCGGACACAGUUUCGAAGUAGACUCGUGGUCUCUUGGAUGUAUAUUGUACACUUUACUAGUUGGAAGUCCUCCUUUUGAAACGAAUAAACUCGAGGAAACGUAUGCACGCAUUAAGCAAAAUGAAUAUCGUAUUCCCAUUCGUGUGUCAAUUAAUGCUUCCAUGCUUAUUCGUUCUUUGUUGCAUGCCAACCCUGAGAAGAGACCAAACAUGUUCACUAUACUUGACCACGCAUUCUUCAAAGAGUUCACACCUAGUUGUCUCCCUGUCAGCAUUCUCAGCACCUGUCCACGGUUCGAUACUAUGCCUCAGUCACAGUCUGGACGACGCCCGUUGUCUGAUAUUAACCCAGUUGAGGACGUUCCAAUUACCAGUGGAGGAGGUGGUGUUGCUAACUUAGGUGGGGAUGCAGUUGAUAAAGCUGUACAGCCAGACGAUUGUUGGUUAGGAGAACUUCAAACGAAAUUGGCUCGCCUUUUGAAAGAAGCCCAAGAACUCGAAGAUUGUUCCCCAAGAGCAAUGGAGGAAAGUGAAGAUCCAGCAGCCUGCCCAAUAUAUUGGGUUAGCAAAUGGGUUGACUAUUCAGACAAAUAUGGUUUGGGAUAUCAACUGUGUGAUAAUUCAUAUGGAGUUGUGUUCAAUGAUGUGACUAGGCUUCUUUUGACGACUAAUGCGCAAAAUAUUCAAUACAUUGAUGAAAAAGGUACUGAGCGCUUGUUCACUUUGGCACAACAUCCUGAUUACUUGGCAAAAAAGGUGACCCUUCUCACAUGCUUCAAAUCAUACAUGCACCAAAAUCUCUUGAAAGCUGGGGAGAAUAUAGCACGUCCAGAUGCUGAUGCUAUGACACGCUUACCAUUCCUUCGUAGAUGGUUCAGAACACGCUCAGCAAUUGUCCUUCAUUUGAGCAAUGGUACAUUACAAAUAAACUUCUUCGAUGAUCAUGCGAAAAUUAUUUUAUGUCCUUUGAUGCACGCGGUAACCUAUAUUGAUGCCAAUAGAGAUUUUAGGACGUACCGCUUUAAGCUCCUUCGAAGCUUUGGUGUAAGCGCUGAUCUGGCUAAUAGACUACGGUAUGCGGCAACCAUGAUUGAACGCCUCCUUAUGCCACCCAACGUUCCAGCAGGUUCAAAUUCAAAUGAUCCCAGUUGUAAAACAGUCCAACCCAAUGCUACAGACAACGCCAAAUUCAAUAAACCCGUGCCAGCCAACCUGCAGAAAGCAUAUGCAAAUGCAGCAGCUGCAGUGACCAAGGGAGUCGCUGCUGUAGUUCGGCCGCCGAAUUAGUUAUAAUGACUAAUGAUAACACAAUUAUUUCCUACUGUCUAAUAUUCCUCGACCUAACUGCGAAUUGUCAGUAUCACUUUUUCUUGACAGUGCUUCCAAUACUCUGAUCUAUUUUUAUUUUGUCACAUUUUUUUUAAACCAAUCUUGUACACCUUGAUUACUGAUUAUUUCAUCCACGAUUACCCGGAAUACUGUGAAACUUAAUUGAUAUUGAUUUAUGGGAUUAAAAAAUCACAGAUUUUUCUUCAAGCUUUUAAUAUGUCUUUAACUUGGAUGUAAAUUCUUAACAUUUGUGAAUUUUGAUGUAUAGCAUUUCAUGAUAAUUGAAUAUGCUGGUCUAUAAUAUACGAUUAAAAAUCAAUUGUUUUAAAAUAGAACGUGAAAUAAAGUCUUCACGAUUA